GACGCCAUCUGGUGCCGGCCGGUGGCGCGCGCUCAGUCGCUGAUCGGCACGCGAGCGGAGAGGGUCCGUAGCGCUGCCGGCCGCCCCCGCCCGACCGGCGCGUGAGCCCCCGGAACAGCGCUGCUGGCUGCCAUGGCGUCGGCACCACAGCACUACUGCCUGCGCUGGAACAACUACCAGUCGAACCUGACGUCCGUCUUCGACCAGCUCCUGCAGAGCGAAUCGUUUGUGGACGUGACGCUAGCCGUGGACGGCCGCUCGCUGAAGGCCCACAAGGUGAUCCUGAGCGCGUGCUCCCCCUACUUCCAGACACUGCUGCACGACAACCCGUGCCAGCAUCCGAUCGUCAUCCUCAAGGAUGUGACGUACGCCGACAUGCACGCGGUGGUGCAGUUCAUGUACAAGGGGGAGAUCAGCGUUGCCGAACAGCAGCUCUCCAGCCUCCUGAAGGUUGCUGAGGCGCUCAAGAUCCGCGGCCUGGCUGACGUGCCUGAAGGCGGCGGGUUGAGCCGAGCCAGCCCAGAGGCGGCACCCUCGCCAGCGGCCGAUUCGAGCUCCCCGCGCGGCCUGGCCACCCCGGAGCUGAUCGAGAGUUGUGUGGAUGUGGCGGCACUGUCUCCGGCAUCGGGGGCAGCGAGUCCACUGGUCAGCAGGUCACAGGACUCGACAGAAAUCCGGCCGGCCAUCGCCGAGAUGAUUAAAGACGAGGAACGGGCCAAGAUGCUAGAGACGGCAGCCUCGUGGACAGCGCCACCAGGUAAGGCGCUCACUGCUCGCCGCUCACUGCUCACUUUCGCCCGGGUCCGUUUGCCGUUUGGCGUCGUCGUGUCGCCGGCGAGUGGGCUGCCGUUCGUUGUGUGGCGACUGUUUGCCGGCGCCUUUCCAAUGACAGCUGUGCGAGCGUUCCCACUCAGCGAGUCCAGCCAGGCCUCUCACUUGGUCUGCACAUUCAGACCCUGA